AUGUCCGUCAUGCUGCAAACGCCAUCCAGAGCCUCGUCAGCCUCCUCGUCCUCCUUCCAGCCCAUAUCUCGCCAGAACACCAUGUCUUCUUACGAUGGAUCGCGGUCCACCCGCCAGUCCAAGCGGUAUUCCAUGUCGGCAUUGUACAUGUCAAUGUCGGCAAAUGAGACCGACUUGGAAAUAGAAGAUGAUCUUGCCAAAGCGCAAAAAAUACUUCGAGAUCUCAAGUCAAAGAUCUCGUCACAAUCCAAAAAGAAUUUCGUUCUAGAAAAAGAUGUCCGGUAUCUCGACGGCCGGAUUGCCCUCCUGAUCCAAAAUCGCAUGGCACUAGAAGAGCAACAUGAAACCGCGAGCUAUUUGGAAGAUGCCGCCGAUCUGCAAGAAGGGGCUUUCCCCAACGACGACAGGACACAGAAGUACGGCAACUUAAUGUUCUUACUGCAGUCCGAGCCGAGGCACAUUGCCCACCUUUGUCGCCUGGUCUCGAUGCAAGAGAUCGACUCACUACUCCAGACCGUCAUGUUUACCAUUUACGGUAACCAAUACGAGAGCCGCGAGGAGCAUCUCCUUCUCACCAUGUUCCAGUCCGUUUUGACCUACAACUUCGAAAACACGCCCGAAUACUCGUCCCUUCUCCGCGCAAACACCCCCGUCUCGCGGAUGAUGACGACGUACACGCGGAGAGGCCCUGGUCAGAGCUUUCUCAAGUCCGUACUUGCCGAUAAGAUCAACAGCUUGAUCGAGCUCAGGGACCUCGACCUGGAGAUCAACCCGUUAAAGGUUUACGAACGGAUGAUUGAGCAGAUUGAAGAGGAUACGGGAAGCGUGCCUCCUUCAUUGCCUAGGGGUGUCACGGCCGAACAAGCCGCUGCAAACCCGCAAGUCCAAGAGAUCAUCGAGCCCAGGUUAGCCAUGCUUACCGACAUCGCCAACGGCUUCCUCAGCACGAUUAUAGACGGAUUGGAAGAGGCACCAUACGGCAUAAGGUGGAUUUGCAAGCAGAUUCGAAGCCUUACAAAGAGGAAGUAUCCUGAUGCUAAUGACCAGGUUAUAUGUACUCUCAUUGGAGGUUUCUUUUUCCUCCGCUUCAUCAACCCGGCUAUCGUAACACCAAAGUCGUACAUGCUCAUCGAUGGGCAGCCAGCCGACAAGCCACGAAGGACCUUGACCCUCAUAGCAAAGAUGUUACAGAACCUCGCCAACAAGCCAUCGUAUGCCAAAGAGCCAUACAUGGCUGGGCUUCAGCCUUUUGUCCAAAUGAACAAGAGCAGAGUCAACAAGUUCAUGCUUGAUCUCUGCGAGGUUGGAGACUUUUACGAGAGCCUGGAGAUGGACAACUACGUGGCGUUGUCGAAGAAGGAUCUCGAGCUGUCCAUUACGCUCAACGAGAUUUACGCUAUGCACGGCCUACUGGAAAAGCAUGCACAUGAGCUUUGCAGGGAUGAGAACUCGCACCUCGCCCUGCUCAUGGGAGAACUCGGCCAAGCUCCACCCCAAGUUCCCCGUAAAGAAAACCGAGUGAUGAACUUGCCUCUUUACAGUCGCUGGGAGACGGCUAUCGACAACCUGACAGCUGCCCUGGAUAUCACACAAGAAGAGGUGUUUUUCAUGGAGGCGAAAUCCAUUUUUGUCCAGAUCAUGCGCUCGAUACCUCAGAAUACGGCUGUAGCGCGCCGCCCACUCAGGCUUGAGAGGAUCGCAGAUGCAGCCGCCACAUCCAAGAAUGAUGCGGUCAUGGUUCGCAAGGGAAUCAGAGCCAUGGAGUUGCUCAGCCAGUUGCAAGAACUGAAGGUGACCGAUAAGUCGGACGGUUUCAGUUUAUUGCGCGACGAGAUCGAGCAGGAGCUCCAACAUCUAGGAUCGCUCAAGGAGGGCGUCAUCGCCGAGACUCAGAAGCUGGAGGAAGUAUACAAGACAAUUCGCGAUCACAAUGCGUACCUCGUGGGUCAGCUGGAGACGUAUAAGAGCUAUCUGCACAAUGUGCGCAGCCAAAGCGAGGGCACGCGCCGCAAGGCCCAGAAGCAGCAGGUGCUGGGUCCAUACAAGUUUACACACCAGCAGCUGGAGAAGGAGGGCGUCAUUCAAAAGAGCAAUGUUCCGGAUAACAGGCGGGCAAACAUCUAUUUCAACUUUACAAGCCCUCUACCCGGAACAUUUGUCAUUUCUUUACAUUACAAGGGGCGCACACGAGGACUCCUCGAGCUGGAUUUGAAACUGGACGAUCUGCUCGAGAUGCAAAAAGACGGCCAGGACGAUCUGGACCUGGAGUACGUUCAGUUCAACGUCACCAAGGUUCUCGCGCUGCUGAACAAGCGGUUCGCGCGGAAGAAGGGCUGGUAGAAACAGCAACCUUUACCACCAUCAUCAACCUACAUCCACACCGAAUUUAUACCAUCGUGUUCCUCAAAAACUGGCUUCACAGGAAGGACAGACGAUUUAACGAGUAUUCCCGAAUCUGAACGGCCAGCAACUCGGCAUGAUGCACCGAGCUUCGCACACUUCUGUAGAAUGUGUGGACUUCUACCUUUUUCCUAUGGAGUUCGGGGACCAUGAUACCACUUCUUUAUUUCUUUACAUGCUCUCUAUUCUAUUUCGUCCCAUACUACCGGACAACUCUGUAUACGACUGCCUAGCGGUGAGGCUAUAUAUUAUGCUCAUUUGCUGGGGUUUACAUCCUUUUUUUGGGUGCCGUCAGGUUACCUACAUGGCUCAGCAAUUGCUUCGAUUAACGUUUUUUUUUUCUAUUCUUUUUUCCAUCUUUUAUGUUAUUUUUUCUUUCUUUUGUUUGUUUUUACCGACGAAAAGCGCCAUACCAGCUAUAAUGCCACCAGCCGGGUGAGGCCUAUGAAUUUAGUGCGACGUUCCUAGACACUGGGAGAAAUUCAGGUUGCGUGGAAUAGUUCUUGUCACAAAGUCCACUCCCGGUACCAAACGCAGCUGGUGUCGAAGGCUAUGCUGGCGGGCGAUGUCACGAUAUUAAGGGUGACAAGUAUGAGGUGUCCCCCUGACACCAACCGAACCGCACACACAAUAUGAUGUUCGCGGCGUGUGAGAGCAACUUGCUUCUUGCCAAAGCCGUGAUUGACGGACCAGUGGAGCCUACGAGGAGUGAUGAGAAGCGGACUGUGGACAUUUCAUUGCCCGUAUUUGGGCAUAACCGGUACAUAUAUAUAUAUAUAUAUUUUGUUGUGGUGGGGCAAGCUAGAGCUGCUGGCUUUUAAUGACAGAUUGCGCGUCCAGCGGGAGGUCUGAUGUCGUAAAAACAAGAGGGGAUGGGCGGCAGGGGAGCUUCUUUUUUUGGGUUGUGCUUGAAUGGAAGGGAGAUUGGGCGGCUUUCACAUAUCAGUAUUAUAUUCUCGGCUGGUCCGGUGUUAGUGAUCGAGCUUUUGUCUUACUACAUCAAACCUAUUUUUUUUUUCUAUGACUUUUGGUCGUGUUCCCACUGGGCUGGAUGAGGUCUGUCGCGACUAGUUCUAA